AUGGUUAUUUCUAAUGAGGGAGACCUCAAGUUUCCACCUCGCACCUAUCACUCACCUGAAGAUAUCACUCCAAACCACGAAUUCCCGAGUCGCCCUCAACGCUCUGGAUUCCAACGCCCCGAGCUCAGUCCUUCAACAAACAUAUCCGAUCCAUUUUCAAUAAAUUAUUUUUCGGCAGACGGUUUACGUCCUCUUCAGCUGGUGAAAACUGACUACCGAUCUACGAUUCUGGAGGAUUGGACUUGGGAAGCCUUUUCAAUCGGUGUUGGUGCGGGAGCGAUUCACAUUAUCUUGGCAGACCUCAACCACGGUAACAAAAAGCUGGUUCUAUGCUUCGAAGUGUUUUUCUACUUUACAAACGUGAUCUCGUUUUUGUGUAACAUGGGAAUCAUGUCGCUGAAAAAAGCCCAUUUCUGCUACUGGUCCCAAUCAAUCUGUGAGCACCGCCUUCAACCCAUACUAUCCCUCGAAACUGAAGAGAGUGAUGCUUUGAAACGGGCAAAUUCGACCCAAGAGCAACUGUUUGUAUUGGUUCGUUCAGAUAUGGACUCGCAUCAGGAUGGCUGGAGUGGGGCGGUGCGAUUUGUUGGUUCCAUUGUUAUAUCGUAUUACUAUUCAGGUAGUGUGCUAGCACCACAUUGUCUUGUGUGGUUCAAGAUUCCGCAUUUCCUAGACGAGUUGCAGCCAAAUUUUUAUCUUCUUCCAAUGCCUAUCCUCUUGACAGGAGUCAUGGCUGUACACCUUUUGGAUACCAUGCCUGUGGAAAGUGGGGAAUCUUUUCAUACUCUGGUCACUGGGUAUCUUUUUGGAGGUUUCGGGAUGGCAUUGGCAAUGUUUUACCUGUUUGCAUACUUUUUGAGGUUGGUUCUCCAUGGCCAUAGUAACGGAGAUCAGACAACCGGCUCAGUUCUUGUGGCGGGAAUGCUAGGGUUUUCUGCACAUGCAAUGAUUGGUUUGGGGAGAAACGCUAGAGUCAUUUUCUCCGAUUCUCAUAACAUAAAACUGAGCGACACCCUGGGGGAAGUUUGGUACGGCAGUGGACUCCUGAUUGGUUUAAUCAUGCUAGGCCUGAGCAUGGCUGUGCUCUUCAUGGCCGUCACUAACUCAUGGUGGAAAGCAGCCCGAAACCCUCGACCGAACUUGACGCUUUGGAUGAUAAGCACUACUUGUUGUAGCUGGGCCAUCACUAGCACUUGCAGCUCCCUCUACGAUACGUUUGAGUCAACCUGGCUGCGAGUAGUCCAAAUAGUUUUCGUGACCACCGGGAUUACUUUCUUUCUGGCAAUACUUCCGCUGAUGAUAAUCAGAUACUUCAAGAGAAUUGGACGAACCCAGACUGUUUCACGCAUGUUCCCACCCACUCGAUUCGCUCCGCACGAUAUUGGCCACCCUCGCAACAUGGGCCCACCGGAAUUGGUGAAUCACCAUGCCAAGUUUACACAAAGAGUUCGCCCAAACUCCCACUUCGAGAGUCGUUCAAGCAUCUCCAAGAAUGCACCAGCUCGAAAUUCAGUCCAAAGCCAAGAGACCUUGGUUAAGACCUAA